AUGAAAACGCUGACACGCGAGAUUAACGCGACGCUGUUUGCAAUGGAGUACUCAGGUGCAAUAUCGCCAAUCGACCGACGCAUGGCGAGAGCACAGGAAACGGCCCUAGCCCGAUUCUACGGUCUCCCAAAAGUGCACAAAGAGGGCGCUCCUCUCCGGCCUAUCGUAUCACUAAAGGGCACUGCAACCUACGGACUGGCAAAGUGGCUUUUCCAACUUCUCAAGUUUCUGACCUCCGAUUCGAACACCACAGUCAGCUCGUCAACGCAAUUCUUGGAGAAACUUAAAGGAGUAAGUCUCCUGCCAAGCGAUAUCAUGGUUUCCUUUGAUGUCACGUCUCUUUUUACUUCUAUCCCGCAGGACCUGACAGUCGAGACAAUCGAACUACUCCUACGAGAGAAGUACGACGAAACGGAGAAUCGCCUCGGACACGCCCAAAUCAUCCAGCUCCUGAAGUUCUGUCUCAAGACGUACUUUACAUUCGACGGAACAAUCUACGAGCAGGUGAAGGGAACGCCAAUGGGUUCGCCGAUUUCGGGACUCAUAGCCGAGGCGGUCCUUCAACGGCUGGAGUCGCUGGUUUUCCGACACCACAGACUGAAAUUCUGGGCUCGGUAUGUGGAUGACACCUUCGUCGUCAUCGAACGGGAUCAGGUGCUGACUUUCAAAGAACAACUCAACGCCGUCUUCCCGGACAUUCAGUUUACGAUGGAGGAGGAGGAAAACAAUCAGCUGGCCUUCCUGGAUGUCCUCGUCUGCCGCAAAGAUUGUGGUGGCCUAAAAACCAAAGUGUUCAGGAAAUCGACAAAUACGACGCAAAUACUGAACUUCAAUAGCAACCACCCGAUCAGUCACAAACGCAGUUGCGUAAGGGCGCUAUAUCGGCGUGUUGAGACGCACUGCAGUGAAAUGGAAGACAAGGUUGCUGAAUUACAAUAUCUUCGACGGGUAAUGAGAGCCAAUGGCUACCCGCGCAACUUUGUCAACCAGUGCAUACGAAAAGGACACCAGAGACCAAAUCCAACUAGCCCCAAAUUUUGGCGGGCUCUUCCAUACGUGGAGAACGUCUCGGAAGCCGUCAGUCGUCUUCUCACUCCACUUGGAGUUGUGGUUGCACACAGGCCGGAAGCAACCAUUAGGCGCCAAGUAAUGAGGCCAAAAGACCCGCUGCCACGGCAGGAAACGUCUAGAGUCGUUUACCGGAUCUGGUAUAGUUGCGGACAAAGCAAUUAUGUCGGAGAAACUGGGAGAUUACUCCGUACGCGACUUGCCGAGCACGCAGCAGCAGUGAGGCGGGGAGACGCUAACUCUCAGGUGGCGGCACACUCGACGGGACCCGGCCAUAUUUUCAAAUUUCAAGAGGCCGAAAUCCUCGCAAGGGGUGACAACCGCGUGAGCCGCGAGCUGCUCGAGUCAUGGUUCUAA